AUGAGGCUUCCGCGUUGCGGCCCGAGCAGCACCCACCUCGCUGCACAGCCUGCAGCAGCAGCAGCAGCAGCAACAGCAGCAGUAGCAGCAGCAGCAGCAACAGCAGGAAUAGCAACAGCAGCAGCAGACACAACGACAGCAGCAACAGCAGCAACAGGAGCAGCACAAAUACCAGCAGCAGCAGCAGAAACAACGACAGCAGCAGCAACAGCAACAGCAGCAGCAGCAGCAACAGCAGCAACAGCAGCACCACCAAAAGCAGCAGCAGGAGAAAGAAAGGCUUCCGCGUCGCCGCCCGAGCAGCACCCACCUCGCUGCACAGCCUGCAGCAGCAGCAGCAGCAGCAGCAGCAGUAGCAGCAGCAGCAGCAACAGCAGGAAUAGCAACAGAAGCAGCAGAAACAACGAUAGCAGUAACAGCAGCAACAGGAGCAGCAGCAGUAGCAGCAGCAGCAGCAGCAGCAUCAGCAGAAACAACGACAGCAGCAGCAACAGCAACAGGAGCAGCAACAGCAGCAGCAACGGCAGCACCAUCAAAAGCAGCAGCAGGAGAAAGAAGUAG